AUGAGUGACCUCGUCCCACUUCAUCACGGAACACUCGCCUCAGAGGGAGAGAAAGAGGUGGAGGAGGAAGAGAGGUGCCUCUUUCAACACCUCAAGGAGUCAGACGACACUCACAAGGAUGCAGUUAUUUCGACGAGCUCGUUCUACUGUGCGGGACGGCGCAAACAUUCCCACGCCACAUCUUUUGGCGUAAUUGAAGCUUGGCACAAAGGAGAGGAGAUGGAGGGUCGUGGGUUAGACAGCGAAGAUUCAUCAGCCAACAUUGAUCACCAAAAUGCACUUCAGCAUCAGUACAGUCCUGGUGAUAUGCAUUGCCUUCGCAGACUUGGAAAGAAAGCAGGUGCUCCUGUGCCAACAAAUUUCAACCCCAAAGACAUCCCAGUACCUGUGGAAACUAACCAUGAACUCCUAACCCCCAUGUCUUUGAAUACUCAUGCAUAUGAGGAGAUGGCGCCUAGGGCAUUGUGCUAUCGCUUCCACAUCUACCGACUUCAUGACCUUCACCCCACUCUAAUUCAUUCUUCCAGUUCUCAGGUCAUCAACUCGUGCGAUCAUCCUAACUCAGUAUUUAGAUUCAUACUUAAGCUGACUCGGGGUUCACAGACCACCUGCAAGUGGGCGAAGAUGGCGAGGAGAACGCAACUAAUCUCCAAGUUUACUGAAUGGAUAAUCAACCAGCUCAGACACGGAGUUCGCCCACUCACAUUGGUGGAGAAACUUUGCACCACGAAACCAACUCUCCCAGCCAGCUUGUCAACUUCUCAGCGAAGCGAGGAAUCAUCAGGAAUUGUAAACAGUCCCGUACUGCAACAACUGCAACAGGCGAUUGACUUCAACACUGGCAAUUUAUUAUAA